AUGUCAAAUUCAAAUACUCAAGCUGGUUGGUAUGAACUACUUCCACAAACACAAAUCCUCACUGAACAAGAACAAGACUUCAAAAACAAGAAGAAGCAAUGGAAGAAGAAAAAAUGUCAUGGCAACCGGCGACUUCAACGUUUCAGAAAGCGAUGUCGAGCACGAAAAAUGAAUGAUCAAACAAUAAAAAUGUUAUUGACAAUGCAUCAAAUAAGUAAUUCCAUUCAGAAAACUAAUCAAAAAAUAGACAAUGAUAAAGACAUGGAUGAUCCUUUUACAAUGAAUAUCAACAAUGAAUAUCAGAAUCAAUUCAAUAGGUCACCAUCUACAAGAACAUGUCAAAUGAGUACAGAUCAUUGGAAACAAUCAUGCAAACUCUUACCAAAGUAUAAGAACUUGUCUUAUCGUAAAUUCAAACAUUUACUUUCCAACGCUAUACCUAUUUAUCGUAAUCGAAUUCAACAAUGUUUAGCAAGUAUGGAAAUGUUACAAUUCGUUCAACAACUUGCUGUAUUCAUGUGUACCUACUUUCAAUUGAAAAUCGAAGAGGACUAUUGGAAUUACAUUGCCAAUUUGAGCAUGCCUGCAGUGACUUGGUUAUCAAAAGUAUCUAAAGAUGUAACACAACAAAAUUCUAUUAAUUGGGAUCAUACUAAAACAAAAAUAAAUAUUCAAUAUCGACAAAACAUCAUUCAAAAUAAGUUACAUCAAACAGAAAUUGAUUUAUACAAUCAUUUACAACAAUAUUCAUCAAGUUUAAGCAUGAACAAUAAACUGCCUUUUGAACAAUCGAUAAAUAUCAUACACAAUGCUCUCCUUGUUCUCAUACAAAAGGAUUUACAUUGUUUCAGUACCAAUUUUGAACAGAAGAAAAUCUUAUUAUCAUAUGAUAUCAAUUAUGCACAUCUUGUCAAAUCAUUCUAUGAUUUAAAUCCAAUACAAGAACAGAUUGAUUCUGUUCAAUCUAUUUGGCGAUCAAAAUUAAAAGCAUGUAAAAAGAUAAUCACACAACAAAAGAAACAGUCGUCAAUGAGCGAUCAAGUUAUGGUUCAAAGAAUAAUUCAAGGCAAUAGUUCAAUAAUCAAAACGACGCAACAUAAACUCGACAUUGAUGGUACUAAUCAAGAAAAUCAAUUAUCAUCAAUGGAAUACUUUGCUUCUUCAAUACGUGCUAUUAUUAAAGCUCGUCUCAACAAUAUCGAACAACGUACUCAACAAAUUAUAAAAUUCAUCUAUGCUUCGACUCAAUCAUAA